UAGCUUGCCUCCGGUGCUGCCGGUGCAGAGGUGACAUGAAGAAGCUGAUGGCUGAGUGAUGGAGUCCGUGCUGGGUCUCACGUCGACGUGAAGAAAACACACACAAUCACACACUUGUUGUUGCUCCGAGCGCAGCGGACACUCCCGGAAACCAUCAGCAUCAUGUUGGCUAGGAAGGGUCUCCUGCCGGACGGUUUCCUGCUGACCCGUCUGGCGGAGGACCAGAACCAGCCGAACCGGAGCCGGUCCAGAGCUCACAGAGCCCGCUUCAUCACCAAGUCUGGAUCCUGCAACGUGGCUCACAGGAACAUCCGGGAGCAGGGCCGCUUCCUGCUGGAUGUCUUCACCACCAUGGUGGACCUGAAGUGGCAGCACUCCUUCCUGAUCUUCACCUCGGCCUUCCUCUGCUCCUGGAUGCUGUUCGCUAUGAUCUGGUGGCUGCUGGCGUUCGCCCACGGUGACCUGGAGCCGCGCGGCGCCGAGGCCCAGCCGGGCCCGGUGCCCUGCGUCACCGCCAUCAACUCCUUCACCUCGGCCUUCCUCUUCUCCAUCGAGGUCCAGGUGACCAUCGGCUUCGGCGGGCGCAUGGUGACGGAGGAGUGCGUGCUGGCCAUCGUGGUGCUGAUCAUCCAGAACAUCCUGGGCCUGAUCAUCAACGCCGUGAUGCUGGGCUGCGUGUUCAUGAAGACGGCGCAGGCCAACCGGCGCGCCGAGACGCUCAUCUUCUCCCGCAACGCCGUCAUCGCGCCGCGCAACGGCCGGCCCACCUUCAUGUUCAGGGUGGGAGACCUGAGGAAGAGCAUGAUCAUCUCGGCCACCGUGCAGCUGCAGGUGAUCCGGCGCACGGUGACGGCGGAGGGCGAGGUGAUCCCCGUGUGCCAGCUGGACAUCCAGGUGGAGAACCCUCUGAGGAGUAACGGCAUCUUCCUGGUUUCCCCGCUGAUCAUCAGCCACACCAUGGAGCGGGGCAGCCCGCUGUACGAGCUGUCGGCCCAGUCGCUGGCCACCGACGACCUGGAGAUCAUCGUCAUCCUGGAAGGCGUGGUGGAGACGACGGGGAUCACCAUGCAGGCGCGGACCUCCUACACCCCCGAGGAGAUCCUGUGGGGGCGCCGCUUCGUCUCCAUCAUGACGGAGGAGGACGGACGCUACUGCGUCGACUACUCCAAGUUCGGCAACACGCUUCCCGUCAAGAUGUCGUCGCUCAGCGCCAAGGAGCUGGACCAGAUCAGGGCGCGGGCACCGGGCGCCGACGCGACCCCCCAGGGCUGGGGGCUGGUCCGCGCCGGCCGGGGGGGCUUCCGCAGGGGGGGGGGCCGCGCCUGCGACGGAGGCUCCGCCCCCCAGCCGUGGUACGCCCAAUCAGAGCCGGCGCCACUGGCGCAGAGAGAGGGGGAGCACAGAGGGCGGGAGAAGAAGGUGCAGCUCGAGGUGAUUGGACGACAGACGGAAGAGGAAGCACUCAGGGACGCCAGCGACUGAGAACCGAUGAUAGACGGGUUAUUAUGGGAUGUAACAACUUAAAUAAGCAGGGAGACAUAUUUGUAGUGAACUGAAAUUUAAUAAAAACACACAUACACACAUGCACGCACACGCAGACACGCAGACACA